UCUACACUCUACAGUACAUACAGAAACGGAAAAUCGGCAAAAUGAAGCGAACGUAGAACUCGCCGGCCGGCCGGAUUUCGUUUAUCAAUUCUUCAUCUCACCGGAGUUUGGCCGCAUCGAUCAACAAUCAGUUACUGUCAAAGCGACCUCCGAGACUUGGAUCAUCACCGAUUGCUAAGCAUCUUCUAUUUGAUCGAAACGCUAGACCACCAAUGGAAGGCUAUGAACUGAAGGCGGAGACAGAUGGUUCAGCCACAAUCUCCGACGACAGCGACGGUGCCACCACCGAUACCGACGUUGAUGCUGCCAUUGGCUCCAUCUCUCCCCUAGCCUCUACUCCCUUCUCCGAAGGAGAGAAGGUUCUCGCGUUCCAUAAUAAGCAGGUGUACGAAGCUAAGGUGCAAAAAAAGGAAUUUCGGAUGAAGGAGUGGAAGUACUUUGUUCAUUAUCCGGGUUGGAACAAAAAUUGGGAUGAAUGGGUGGGCUUGGAUCGUCUGAUGAAGUAUACUGAAGAAAAUUUCCAGAAGCAGCAAGUUCGCCUUGGAAAACAGAGAAUCGACAAAAAUGAGAAAUCUGUGCAUGGAUCAGAGAACAAACCUAGAAAUACCACUGUGCCAAGGAGCAAGAAGCGGAAGAACGAUUCUGUUACAAAGGACAAAGGCACAGGGCUGUCCGGGAAGCGAGUGCUCUUCCAUAUUCCAUCAACAUUGAAGAAGCAAUUAGUAGAUGACUGUGAAUUUAUAACCCAAUUGGGCCAGCUGGUUAAGCUUCCGCGAAACCCCAACAUCAACAACAUAUUGGACAAAUACCUUAAUUACAGGUUAAAGAAAGAUGACAAAUUAGCUGAUUCUGAGAGGGAGAUUCUAGACGGGUUACGAUGUUACUUUGAUAAAGCAUUGUUUGCCAUGCUUCUCUACAAAGAUGAGCGUCAACAAUACGAGCAAGCAACAGCCGACAAUAUUGCUCCUUCUACUGUGUAUGGUGCAGAGCAUCUAUUAAGACUUUUCGUAAAAUUACCAGAAAUCCUAAUUCAUGCCAACAUUGAAGAGGAAACUCUGCAAGAAUUGCAGCAGAGACUGCAGGAUUUUCUUAAAUUCUUGCAACAAAACCAGGGGUCCUUCUUUGUGUCAACUUAUCAGGCAAGAAGAGAAGGUUCUCAUGAUCACAAGAACUAGUAAAAACAAAUAUGUGCAUACAACAACAAGAAGACAGACAAUGUUGUAGCAUCCAACAACUAAUGUCGGUAAUCUUACCCCUUUCCUUUUCUAUUUUAAAAACUAUAUAUUGUGUGGAUUGUAAUUGUGCGGUUGCCAAUAGUAACUAGACUUUGGGUCAAUAUCGAGUAAACUAUUAAAUCUCUACACUUUGGGUCAACUUCAGGUUCAAAAUAUGUAUAUAUAUAU